CCCUAUUUAAGCAGCUUGGCUGUGUCCUAGCACCUCACUCAUCGGAUCACACUGAGGAGAGAUUUCCACUUGAUGGGGACGUCUGGAUCUGUGCGACACUGAAAGGCAAUUGUCUGUUACAGAGAGGAGUUGAAGGACCAGUCCAGACUGUUUUCUGAUUUACGAGCUGCGAUCCCUCUGAGAGCCCAUGUGAUGUGGUUGGUGGAGCAGAUCCGUGUGUCGGUGGCCAAAAGCAACCUUCCAUUCCCAGUGUCGGAGUACAGCUUCCGCAUCGCGGACAUCAUGUUCGGAGAUAAAACACAGCGUGAGAAAGGAAGCAAGGCCACCUCUCGUUGCCCUAACAUAAUCACUCCAAAUACCAUCCCGGAGUUCUGCAUCCCACCGAAGAUCUCACCUCCACAGGAACUGAAGACGGUGGACUGGAGUAGACCAAGCCCCGUAGGACAGGUGGCUUCAUUACCUGACAAGGACAGCUGCCCUGAGAAGGAGGUAGCAGUUAGGCAGCCCUUCAUCCACACUCACACGACACUCAUCCAGGUGGAGAGUGUUGACGAGAUGCAGGGUGACCUGGGCUUCAGCGACGAGGAGAGCACCAACGCAGAUCCCCAGAGCCAGGCGGCUCUCUCCCUCCCCCACCUGGCCAAAGCCCAGACCUGCUAUGGCUUCUGCACCCUUCUGGAGAGCCCCCACACGCGGAGGAAAGAGUCCCUGUUCCACAGUGACCCCGGCGCCUGCGGCAUCCCUCUACCCCUGAUCGCCAGCCCCUCCGCACCUCGUGGCCGCUCCCACACCUGCUCAUCCAGACCCUCCCCUCUGCCCCGCUCGCCGUCGUCCUCCUUCAGCCUCUCCAAGCUGACCUCCAGGCUGUCUCCCGGAGGUUCCAGGCUCGCGGCUCUGCACCGACAGGGCACUCUGGACAGUGACACCACCUCCUCCACGGAAUCCUCCCCCUUCAACUCCCCGCUCCUGACCAGGUCGCCGGCCAAAUCCUCCCUGCUCAAAGCCCUGAGCCACGAACGCCUGUUGUCCCGGACGAUGCGGAAGGCAGCGCUCUCCAGAAACAACUCCCUGUCCACGGACGAAGGAAGUUCCACGGACAACAGCCCCAACGUGCUCCGGAGGGCCUCCGAUGCUGGGCUAGUGGAACCCCUUCCUGGGGCCUACACCCUGGCUCCCCCUGCUUUCUUCCCCAUGGACCUGGUACUAUACAGGGAGAGAGUCAUGAAAGAAAGCCUAGUCCCUGUAGGCAUAGAGGGGACGCUGAGGCUUUCUGCAGAGUACUCCCCAGGCAAUCAGAGACUCAGAGUGAGGCUGAUCAGUGCAGAGAAACUCUAUGCUUUCACAGUGGACCCAAAGACUAUCAACUGCAGUAUCAGUAUAUGUCUUGUGCCGGGAAAGAUCCAGAAGCAACGCAGCACAGUGAUUAAGAGGAGCCGAAAUCCCAUAUUCAACGAGGACUUCUUCUUCGACGCCAUCUCAGAAGAUGAUAUAAGUUGCAGGUCAUUGCGCUUCAAAGUUGUCAACAAAAUGUCCACCAUGAAAAGAGACUAUGUUCUGGGAGAUUGUGAGAUUUUGUUGAACACUCUGUUAUCUAUGUAAAUAUGGGGAUCUGUGUGAUUUCAUGUCCGUUUUAUACUGCUCUCUCCAUCUAAUAAAUCAAUGGAAAAACAUGUGGCUGUCUUGUCUCUUAUCCGGAUAAAGUGUGACUGUAUUAAUAAAUGGUUUAUUUCAAGAGCCAUUAUUUCAAGCCCAGAUCAUCACUAUUUGUAAAUUGGAUUCAUGAUUAGACUUGGUCCAUCCAUUUGUUAAAAAUAUAAAAUGUGGAAAGCCUUUUAAAUUUUGAAGAGCAGCUUUUUUAAUGCGUGGGUUGUUUGAAGAUACUCUUGAAACAGGGAACAUGCUAAUUUUAUACAACCUGUAUUUAUUGUAAGGGUUAGGUUGUUGGCAAGAUUUGAAUAUAUUACAACCGACAUUACA